UGCCCUUUCAUUUUCGACUUGUUUUCGCAUUCAAUUUUUGAUCAUUCUAUAGAUCCUCGCGUGUAGUUCUUCGAAUCCGAUCAAGAUCGAUUGGAUCGAACAUCAAUGGCCGCAUCUCGACGUCUCCGAGACUUGCAAGCUCAACCAGGCAACAAGAUCUGUGUUGACUGCUCUCAGAAGAACCCUCAGUGGGCUUCCGUUUCCUAUGGUAUCUUCAUGUGUCUCGAGUGUUCCGGGAAGCACCGUGGCCUUGGCGUUCACAUCAGCUUCGUCCGGUCGGUGACCAUGGACGCCUGGUCCGAGAUCCAGCUGAAGAAGAUGGAGGCUGGUGGCAAUGAGAAACUCAAUUCGUUUCUUGCGCAAUACGGGGUUCCCAAGGAGACCGAUAUUGUCGCCAAGUAUAACACACAGGCUGCUAGCAUCUACCGGGACAGAAUUCAGGCUCUCGCCGAUGGUCGCCCUUGGCGUGACCCUCCGGUCGUUAAGGAAGCGACUGGGAUCGGGAAGAAGAAGCCGCCGUUGCCGCAGAGUGGAGGUUUAGGAGGAAGGGAUGCUAAUUCUGGGAGCAAUGGAGGUUGGGAUAGUUGGGACAACGAUGAUGGGUUUAGAUCCUCGGAUAUGAGGCGGAAUCAAACUGUUGGGGAUUUUAGGGGUGGAGGUGGUGCGGGUGGAAUGCCUGCGAGGUCGAGGUCGACGGAGGAUAUCUACACAAGGUCGCAGUUAGAAGCGUCAGCUGCGAACAAGGAGAGCUUUUUUGAGAGGAAAAAGGUGGAGAACGAAUCUCGGCCUGAAGGGAUCCCACCUUCUCAAGGAGGAAAGUACGUAGGGUUUGGAUCGACGCCUCCACCAACUCAGCAGAGUAAUGCACAAGGGGAUGUUCUCAGAGACACGGUGUCUGUUGUUUCUCAGGGUCUUGGUAGGUUAUCUUUGGUUGCAGCAUCUGCUGCUCAGUCUGCUGCUAGUGUGGUCCAAGCUGGCACAAAAGAGCUUACUUCCAAGGUGAAAGAAGGUGGUUAUGAUCACAAGGUAAAUGAGACAGUUAAUGUGGUGACGACAAAAACAACUGAGUUGGGGCAGAGGACUUGGGGGAUCAUGAAAGGGGUCAUGGCAAUAGCUUCGCAAAAGGUUGAGGAAUACACCAAAGAAGGCAUAAACUGGAAGGCUGAUAACUGGCAACAUAAUGAGAGUGAGAAAAAUGGGUACUACCAGGAGUUCGGGCAUGAGAGCAAAGGGUCUUCCGGAAUGGGGCAAUCUUCAUCAGGUAGGCAGGUCAGCUCUGUCAGUUCUAGCUCUUGGGAUGACUGGGACAGUAAAGACAAUCGAAAGGAAGAAUCUGGGAAGGGAGCAGCAUCCCAGAAUGGGGAUAGCUGGACAGGGUGGGAUGAUCCUAAAGAUGAUGGCUAUGAAAAUUUCUACCAUAGUACAUCCAAUAAGAGCAACGUGGGUCACAAUGGAAAAUCUGAUUCCACAUGGACAGAGGGUGGCUUCCGGUAAGCGUAGUUGCUAUUGCUGUUUGUGUUUUGAGAUUGAUUUUUUUAAAAAAAA